UGAACGUCAAUGCAGGCAUGUGUAGACACACACGCACAUAGCGGUACCUCAGCAACCACAGCAUCAGUGAUAUCACACCGUGUUCCAGCCCCAAUGUAAAGACAAGUGUGUUUGAUAGUUCCCACCAUGAAGCUUUGACACUGUGUGUUUCUAUCCGUCCUCUGAGAUGAUGUGUGUGAACGUAGACCAACACACGUCUCCUGUUGUUGUGUUUAGGUGGUCAAACCUCCAAAAUAAUCGCUUGAGCCAUGAACGGUCUUUUUGGUAAUCAUUGAUACUUGGCCUCUUCUUAUAGAUCUUUCUAGAGACUGUAAACGAUGAUGACGAUGAUGAUGAACGUCUGCACGCAGUUUGGCCUCUGAAGCAGGACGGAGAGCAACAGCCUGUCUUAAUGCUAACGAGCACUUAAUGCUAACAACUUCUUUAUCAGUUCUCAUGAACAGAACAACAAACACAAAGAAAAGACGUCCGGAUCUCAAUCAUAUCACGUGUUUAAAGCCAAAGAUCAGAUCCACAAAAAAAAUGGAGCAACUAUCACUUUGAGAUAUUCUCAAUAAAACCUACGUACAUUAGCCGUUAGCUCCAGUGCUGCUAGCAUUACCAGCUCUCCUCCUGCCAAUUUAAAAAAGAUGAGUUUGAGAUGAGCGACUAGAAACCAUUAAAGUUAUAAUAUAAUUUCCAGAUACAUUUUGAAUGCGAGCUCAUCUGUGUUUAUCAUCUAUGUAAACCAUUAGAGUGAGUUACCACAGCAGCCAAAGACCAGCUACAUGUCACUAAUAGUGUCCUCUGUAAAACUUCAUUUUGGGUUGGAGACUAGACAUUUUGACGGUGUUGACCAUUUAAUAUAAUAAUAAAAUAUGCUUUAAAAAAGCAUAAAUACAGCAAUAAUAAUAAUAAAGUAAAUUGGCCACUAUAGCGACUUGUUGGAACUGUAAAUGAAGCUCACUGUAUCCAACACGGUCCUUAUUUAUUUAUUUUGAGGAAUGUAAACUUCUGGUCCUUCAUGUCUAUAAACCCCUCAGCAUACUGUACGUACUACUGUACAAACACAACAGUGUAUGAAAUACAAGGCUGUGUAAUGUCAAGCCCUCAGUUGGGCUCAUCUUAUUGUGUUCGUUACAGAGUAAUCACGUACGGGAAGCAGGAAGGCGCAGAAUACCACAAACAUCUUUGCACCAAUAGAAAGAUCCCACAGAAGAAAAUGUUCCACUUGACUGGCCAAUCACAUUGAACACGUUGUCUUCAAAGGCAUCACAUCUUUGGGUAAAAUCAGUCUGUCUGUUAACUUUCGGUCAUCAUCACUCAUGGACGGGCUGCACACUUUUCUAGUCGCUCUCUUAGGAGUUGCAUCCUGCAGUCAUGAUUGGAUCUCUGGAUCAGUGACAGUCAGACCAGGAGACAACAUCACUCUCUACUGUGAUUGUAAACUAUCAUCUGGAGUAUUCAUAGUGUGGUACAGGAACUGCUCUCAUGAGAACCAGCCUCCUCUCGUCCUUAAAGUCAAAUCAUCAUACAAUCUGGACAGUGACACUAAAGAUUAUCUGAAAGUUCUUCAUCAUUUUCAAUUUGUGAGAAACUCUUCUUCUAAUUCUUAUGACCUGCUGAUCAUGAACAUCACUGAUUCUGAUGAGGGACUCUACUACUGUGGAACUGAAGAGAGUAAAGUGGAGGAUAAAGAAUUCAUUGGCCCCAAAACUCUUUACAGAAACGGAAACGUCACAACAAGGAUCUCAAUCAGUCCAGACUGCAGCGAUUCUCCGCUCCAGACUCCAGAAUGUCUCUGUCCUCUGUGUUGGACUCUGCUGGUCUCUCUGUGUCCAGCUAUUGCUGUCCUCUCCUCCGUCCUCUCCUCUCUUCUAGUUUAUCAUCUGUGUGAGAAAGAAGCUCCACAACCUGAUCAGCAAACACCUCAGAGAAGACAGCAUGGGGAUGAAGAUGUGUGCUAUGCUGCACUGGAAAUCCAACAGAUAUCACACAGACCAAAGAAGAAGAUCCAGAGUUCUGACUUCAGCACCUAUUCUGCCAUCAAUACUUCGAGGAUGUAGAGU